UCUAAAUCUUUUCACAAAAAUAUUUGACUGAAUUAAGAUAUUUUGUGUUAGUAGGGGUACAAAAAUUAUACGCAAUGCAUGUCAAAAUAUAAUAUUUAUUUUUUUAUUCAUUGUAUUAUGAUGAGAUAACUUGAGGGGCACCAGUGUUCGUCUAAUGCAUCCUCAUAACUGGAUCUUAUCCAUAUAUUUGAAUUUGCAUUAGUAUAAUUUUAAGGACUGAUUGUUGUUCAAACCUGUUGAUACAAUGUGCAUAAAUGUACACUUGUUUUACAGUUAUUGGAAUGCAAAUGAAAAUAGCUCAGACUUUUGACUUAAGUCUUGCUGAUCCUGGUAGCAACAGUUACAUUUAUUUACAUGGACGAAUUGGGUCAACAAUUAAUGCAAGUUAUUCUAAUAAUUUAACUGGCUACAAUAUUGGUUCUACAAAAGUCUCUCGCUUCAGGCCUGGUAGUGUUAUAGCAGACUACAGAAUAAAUGCAACAUCCUAUAGCCUUGAUUUUAGAGCAGCAAACACACAGGUUUCUGACUCUCUAAGGGCACAAGGCAUAAUUUUAGCUGAAGAUGCUUUUGCUCAAAGUGAUCAAACAGUUUUCACACAAGAUCAGUUAUAUCCUCUGCAAAAGGUAGACCUGAACUGCAUACAGCCAGACUUUGCAAAAGGACCAAUAAAAUGGACAGUGGAUAACAAAGAUCCUGCUCUAGACAACACAAGAUACCUACUCUCAAACAACAACAGUACUCUCACUGUGAUAAACGCUAGUGAGGUUGACAGUGGUCAAUAUUCGUGCAUCACACAAAGGAAUACAAUACCAUACAUUCAGUGGCAAAAUAUCAUUAUUAACCAACGCCCCAGUAUUAUCGUGGGUGAUAAUUACCGUGUUUUCCCAUGUGAUGGCAGCAGUUUUCAACUGAAAUGUUCUGUUGAUGUUGGCUUCAAUCUUGAGUGGGUUCUGGAUGGAACAGUAAAGAUUUCAGGAUCUGACAGUAUCACAUUAAACUAUACUACUCGGAGUGGAAAUUGUACAGAUCAAACCUUUACCUUUACUUGUCGUCUCAAGGAUCUGCCACAACUACAGAAUUACAGUUAUAGCUAUAGCAGCGUCACAGUAAGGACAAGCACAGAACAAUUUGACUGUCAAAAUGAAGAGCUUGGUGCUGGAAAAGCAACUAAUGAGAAGACAGGAGUCUGUGGAAAAGGCUUCAAAGGCACCAUAACUUACAAAUGUGAAUCACGGGUAUGGAAAUCAGUAAUGGACAACUGUAUAUAUGAUUAUAUCGACAACCUGAAAAACCAACUUGAGUCUUUGCGUGUGGAGGAGAUCCCAGAGUUUAUGGCUAACCUCAGUUCUGUCACAGAACAGAAUGGCAUUGAUAUAAUACAGUCUGCUGCUACCGUCAAAGCAAUUGUCGACAUUCUUUUUAAAAUAGCCAACUUCUCACAAGCUACUUCCUUCAAUAGUCCAGUUAUGGGGAGUUUCCUAAACACAGUGGACGUUAUUGUAUCAGUUAAUGCCAGUAAUACAUGGAACAAACUGAACAAAGGCAACAACACAGGAGGCACCAGCAUUAAACUUCUGAGCGCUAUUGAGAAUAUAAGUGACCGUCUCACAGAUGAAUUUGCGUUUAAUAAAACAUCCAUUCAGCUGAACAGAACUACAAUUAAAAACUCAUUCGCUUUAACCUCAACACUGCCAAACUCAACAACAGAGAUUGUAUUACCACUGGUUCCUCAUGAGACUACCAUUACCAUCAUAAUCUUCACAACUCUUGACAAAGUCCUACCUUCUCAAGGUACUAAUGACAGCAGGAAAUCAGAUGUGCGCAUCAAUGGAGAUGUGGUUGUUGUUAAGGUUAAUGAGACUCUCAACAAUAUUUCUUUGACAUUUGACAUUACUGAUCAGUCUUUGGGAAAUCCUCACUGUGUCUUUUGGAACUUCAAUCUCAACACAUGGGAUUCCACUGGAUGUGAAGUAAAGCGGAACAGCACUGGUAACAUUACAUGUGAAUGUAACCACACAACCUCCUUUUCAAUCCUAAUGUCACCAUUUAACAUUGAUCCCAAUUAUCGCACAGCCUUAGCCUAUAUAACUUACAUUGGCAUAGCUAUUUCGAUGGCCAGCUUGAUUAUUUGUCUGAUUAUUGAGGCUAUUGUAUGGAAGUCAGUAAGAAGAAAUGACACAUCCUACAUGCGGCAUGUCUCCAUAGUCAACAUUGCUGUGUCCCUUCUGAUUGCAAACAUCUGUUUUAUCAUUGGAGCUGCGAUCGCAGAACAAGAACAGCCAACCUCAGUGGGUCGCUGCAGUCCAGUGGUUUUCUUCAUGCACUUUUUUUACUUGGCUCUUUUCUUCUGGAUGUUAAUGUCAGCACUGUUGCUCUUUUAUCGUACAGUUAUGGUCUUGUCUCAAAUGUCAAGGGCCAAAAUGAUGGUCAUUGCCUUCAUGUCCGGUUAUGGUGCACCUUUGCUCAUAGCGGUUAUUACUGUAGCAUCAACAGCUGGACCUCAAAAUUAUAUUUCCAAACAAAAUGCAUGCUGGCUGAACUGGAACGAAUCAAAGGCACUGCUGGCAUUUGUGAUUCCAGCUCUCACUAUUGUAGCCAUAAACCUUGUGGUUUUGAUUGUGGUUCUGUACAAGAUGUUGAGCAGAGGAGUUGGUGCCGAAACUCAACCAGAUGAGAAACAUGCCCUGGUGGUCAUUGCCAGGUGUGUGGCCAUUUUGACUCCUAUUUUUGGUCUAACAUGGGGAUUUGGCAUUGGAACCAUGGUGUCACAAGAUUUAGGCAUUCAUGUGGUGUUUGCACUCCUCAAUUCACUGCAGGGAUUCUUUAUCUUGGUGUUCGGAACGCUUUUAGACAGCAAGGUUCGUGAGUCACUACCAGGAAAACAGUUGCUACAGAAAUUUACUUCCAACAGUACCAAUACCACCAAUGCAGGAACAUCAUCCACAUUUGCCACUGACAUUCCAAGGAAGGGAAGAAGGAAUGUGUACAAUAUGUCUGAAGCCAACAAUACAGCAGUUACUGACGGCACCAAUGGCUCAAAUACUGUUAAUAACAUGUAAAUACAGUAGUUUUCUUUUACUGUUUUAGGGGAGGAAAUGUUUCUUUGUUCUGAGAUGAUUAGUCUAAAAAUAAGGUAUCUAAAUAACUUUUUACACGAUUUUGUAAUAGACUGUUAAUGCAGUAAUGUCUUUUAUCUAUACUUGAAAAAUUACUUUUUCUUUGUAUGUCAAGUUGACUUGUUUUAGAUCAGAUAUUUUAAAUGUGUAAGGCGUUGGUUUCCUGUUGGUUUAAUUACAUCCUGGUAUUUUUUUUUUUUUUUUUUUUUUGCUCAGUCACGAUAAAUUCCAGUGUUUCUUACCAAACAAUUACUACUAUUAUAACCGAUAAUCACUAAUAAUGAAAUGUUUCUUCAUAUUGUAUUUAAAUAGUCUUGAGCCA